GUGAAAUCGAGACUUUAUUGAGCUUUUAAUGAUUUAAAUGUAUUUGACUUAUAUCCAAAUAAGAGAUCAUUUCAGAUUCAAUAUAAAAACAAUUUAAAGUUUACAAAAACUUAACAGCAAUUCGAUAUUCGCAGUUUUCUUGAAUACUGUAAGGGAUUUAUUAUGUGACAUAUUUAAUGUAAUUGUUCACUAAAUUUCAUUAUAAAUAAAAUGAGUGUCAGUGCUUAUUGUGUAUAAAUAAUUUAAUCUCAACGUUUUACAAAACUUUAGUUGUGAAAAUCUUUAUCAAAGCCAAAAAAGAUGAGUUCAGAAGUGACUCGUGAUUGUCUAAUUAAUGGGAACUGUACAUCACCUAAAAGCAAAAACAAUAAAAUUAAAGAAAAGAAAUCAAAACAUAUGAACAGUGCAAAAGAUUCAAAAAUAUCUAAUGAAUCCACAAAUUCAGCCGAAAGUGAUAUUUACAGACUUGUAUACCAUGCUCCCCCUAUGCCAAUCGUUAAUGAAGAAUUUGAACAAAAUACACAACCUGAACAAGAAUUGACAGAAUUAUCACCUGCUGAAUGUGUUGAACCAUCAAAUUUUGAUCAUGAAGACAACUUUAAGAAUCACCGAAAGGAAGGGUUUUUUCAAAAAUUAUGUAUUAUACUAUAAACUAUUAAAAAAAUAUCUGAUCAAAUCUUUAUAAUCUUAUUGUUGUCAAUUCUUACAUUUUUUUAUUUUAACCCGUUAAUUACGGAAUUUUUUUGGGACAUUAGAGUGCAUUUAUUUGAUGAAUUGUAGUAUAAAAAUAAGUUUGACGAAGAGUUUGGCUCGAAUUAAUGCACAGGUUUAACAAAAUUAACAAAAUUUUUCCGUAACAUAUAUGUUACGCUAGCAUUUUGCAAGCAAAAAUUUUUUUGUUUCAAAAAUUUUAAUUCUCUUAUUUUACCUUUUUCCCUAGCUUAUACCAAUAAUGCAAUACUCUAUUAUUAACUAUAUGCUAUUAAACAUAAUUAGAG